GCAUCUUCAAUUCCUCAGAGCAGAGAAAGAGGGCGUUUCGCGGCAGAGAUAAAACGCAGCUUUCUCUCUCCCAAAACUCUCUCCAACACUAAUUAAACUAUCGGAAUUCACACUCUCAAUGGACUUAGCAUCAAAGCUCCAAUUUUUAGACCUCCGGUCGACUUUCCUCGCCGGCGCAGCACCGCUUUCCCACUCCUUCCCGGCGGCCCUCCGCCCCUUCCACUGCUCAUCAAUCACCACCAUCACCACCGCUGCUUCCUCCUCAAUCAAAGCCACCGCAAUCAGCCCUAACAAUCUCUUCAAAACCCCCCUCCGAAUUUCCCCCAAAUUCCAAGCCAUCGCCACCGAAACAUCCACUUCCGCCAAAACCCUCGAGGAGGAGAAAGCAAAUAUCGAAUCCCUUUUAUCCGAAACCAACCCCGACGCCUCAGAGAUCAGCUACAAGCGCGGCGGGAACAAGAAUUCCACCGGCGCUUCCUCAAUUUCCUCCGGCGUUAGGUUAGAAAACGUCAGCAAGAGCUAUAAGGGCGUCACUGUGUUGAAAGAUAUCAACUGGGAGGUGAAAAAGGGGGAGAAAGUUGGGUUAGUGGGCGUUAAUGGCGCGGGGAAAACGACCCAAAUGAGGAUUAUAGCGGGUUUGGAGGAGCCUGAUUCGGGCAAUGUGAUUAAGGCGAAGAGCAACAUGAAAAUUGCCUUCUUGAGCCAAGAAUUUGAGGUGGUGUCGACGAGGACGGUGAAAGAAGAGUUCUUGAGCGCUUUCAAGGAGGAAAUGGAGGUUGCGGAGAGGCUGGAGAAGGUGCAGAAGGCGAUAGAGAAGUCAGUUGACGAUUUGGAGCUGAUGGGGAGGCUUUUAGAUGAGUUUGAUUUGCUGCAGAGGAGGGCACAAGCUGUGAAUUUGGAUGAGGUAGAUGUGAAGAUCAGUAAACUGAUGCCUGAUCUCGGGUUUUCGCCUGAAGAUGGGGACCGGCUUGUUGCUUCUUUUAGUGGUGGUUGGCAGAUGAGGAUGUCACUUGGGAAGAUUCUGUUGCAGGAUCCGGAUUUGUUACUUCUGGAUGAACCGACAAAUCACCUUGAUCUUGACACAAUCGAGUGGCUAGAGGGUUAUCUGAAUAAGCAAGACGUGCCAAUGGUCAUCAUAUCCCACGACAGAGCUUUCCUCGACCAGUUAUGUACGAAGAUUGUGGAAACUGAUAUGGGAGUUUCCAGAACAUUCGAAGGAAGCUACUCAGACUACAUCAUUGGCAAGGCAGCGUGGGUUGAAACUCAGCUUGCAGCAUGGGAGAAACGGCAAAAGGAAAUUGAGCACACAAAGGACCUUAUAAGUAGGUUGAACGCUGGAGCAAAUGCUGGUCGUGCUUCUACCGCUGAAAAGAAGCUGGAAAAACUACAGGAUGAGGAACAAGUCGAGAAACCAUUCAUUCGGAAGCAAAUGAAGAUUAGGUUCCCAGAGCGUGGAAGAAGUGGUCGUUCUGUAGUGACAGUAAAAGGUCUUGACUUUGGUUUCGAGAACGAGGUGUUGUUCAAGAACGCAAAUCUAACGAUUGAAAGGGGAGAAAAGAUCGCGGUUCUUGGCCCUAACGGGUGUGGAAAAAGUACACUACUUAAACUGAUUAUGGGCAUGGAAUCACCGGAUGGAGGGGAGGUUCUGAUUGGUGAACACAACGUGUUACCAAACUAUUUCGAACAGAAUCAGGCGGAAGCACUUGAUUUGGACAAAACCGUGCUGGAAACUGUCGCCGAAGUUGCAGAGGACUGGAGGCUUGACGACGUAAAGGGUCUACUCGGCCGUUAUAACUUCAAGGCAGACAUGCUUGACCGGAAGGUCUCAUUUCUGAGUGGUGGUGAGAAGGCUCGCCUCGCCUUCUGCAAGUUCAUGGUGCAACCGUCAACUCUGCUCGUUUUGGAUGAGCCGACCAAUCAUUUGGAUAUACCAACAAAGGAGAUGCUCGAGGAGGCAAUAAACGAGUAUGAAGGCACGGUUAUCACAGUGUCACACGACAGAUACUUCAUAAAGCAGAUUGUGAAUCGCGUCUUAGAAGUCAAAGACGGGACCCUACAAGACUACGCAGGAGACUACAAUUAUUAUUUGGAGAAGAAUCUUGAAGCGAGAGAGAGGGAGCUGGAACGAGAGGCGGAGAUUGAGGAGAAGUCACCAAAGGCAAAAGCGAAAUCCAAGAUGUCUAAGGCGGAGAAGGAAGUUCGUAAGAAACAGAAGAUGCAGGCGUUCCAAGCUGCUAAACAGAAAUCGAAAGGUACCAAGAAUUCGAAGAGAUGGAAGUGAAGACAAGCCUCACAAGAUUCUUGAAUCUAAAAUGCAUUUGUAUAUAUGCAACAAACACAUAGAAUAGGUCCAUUGAUUAGCGAUUAUUGGAGUGAAAAAUGCAGCUGGUUAUAAACUCUUGGAGUUGAUAAUAUCGAAUACCGAGCGUUGUUGCUGUUGAUCCUCGAUAUAUCCACUUUCUUGGAGUGGAAUGUGGACUUAUUUACCAUUUAUAGUAAAAAUGAAAUGAGACUUUUAUUGUGAGACA